ACUAGUUUCAAUGCUUCCAUGGCCCAAGCUCUUGCCUUCGCCAUGUUCUGUUGGCCAAUGGAGUCCUUCUGCUUCCACCUGGCCACGAUGGACUCAUGCCAAGCCGAUCUCGGCGUGGCCCCGCCUCUCUCCUUGUCGGACCGUGGUCGGACUCGCCGCGACCGGACUCGCUACCUCGUCCCCACGCGCCCGGCCGCGAGUCCGGUCCGGGCGGCACCGGGGUCGCGUGCGGCUGCACCGGGGUCGCGAGACGCCGCUGCGGCCGUUGAUCUAUGACCGAGCCAUCGCUCAGGUGCAGGGACGGCUGGAGAUGGGAGAUCUGGUGGAGGUUUGUGAUUGGAAUGGCACUGUGGUGGCCCUGGGAGUUUACAAUCCUAGCUCCAUGUACAGAGUCAGACUUCUGCUCAAUGGUUACUCUGGUGAGCAGCCAGACUUGCUGGACAUUUUGCAACAGCGGCUAGAGAUGGCCAUCCGAACGCGGCGAUUGCUGGGCCUGCCGAAGGCAGGGGUGGAUGAGGCAUAUCGACUGGUCAACGGGGAAGGUGACAACCUCUCAGGACUGAUCAUCGACGUCUACGGCUCGGUGGCGGUGAUCCGUGCCGCGGCCGCCUGGGUGGAGCUGCACCGCUCCACCGUGGAAGCGGCGCUGCGCCGGGUGGGACUCGCCGUGGACCGCGUGGUGUGGCGCCGCAGCUCGGCGCAUCUGCACCAGGACGGGUGGACGAAGAGGGAGACGGACAGCGACGCGGAAGACGAAGAGGAGGACACCGAGUUCGUGGUGGUGGAAGCGGGCCUCCGGUGUUGGGUGCGCCCGGCAGGAGGGCAAAAGACGGGGUUGUAUUUGGAUCAGAGGGAGAAUCGGAAGCUGAUUCGAUCCUUGGUGUCACGUCAAGAGGCUCCAAGGGUCCUUGACCUCUGCUGCUAUCAUGGUGCCUUUGCAUUGGCGGCUUUGGCAGGUGGUGCUUCCUCUGUAACAGCUGUUGACUCUUCUGCAGAGGCUUUGCAGAUGGCAGAGCGCAAUGCACAACUGAAUGGAUUUGAUUCGCUCAAACUGGAGCAGUCGGAUGUGGCUUCCUUCAUGGAAAGAGCUGCAGAAGAGAAACUCGCCUGGCUGUAACGCCUGCAAGAAAGGACAUAUGUGAUAUAUGGCAUAGAUUGACCUAAUGCGAUUGAAUUUCUCCCAAGCACAAUGCGAUUGAACACCAGCAACUCCAAAGAAGCAAACGAAAGCAAUCACAGGAGUAGAGCAAAAAGGACGAGGUGCUGAGGUCUUGUGGGUCUUCUUCAGUUUCUUUUUCUUGAAGCCUUCCAAGCCGGCUCCCAGCCCCCCAGGAAGCAGGAGUAUGAUGUGAUCAUUUUGGAUCCACCCAAACUGGCACCAUCACGGAGGCCUUCAGCCUUCGCCAAAGCUGAGCGGAAGUACAUGGCAUUGAACGAAGCUGCCAUGCGUUUGGUGCGCCAUGAUGGGGGUUUGCUCUUGACCUGCACCUGUUCCGCGGCCAUGACCCAGUCCGGCCGCUUCGUCGACGUCGCGCGCGCCGCCGCGCAGGCGGCGCGGCGCUCCGUGGCGGUGCUGCG